UGAAAAAUCAUAUUCACCAUCAAGUAUUGGUACUUGAGGCUAACCAAAAACAUUAAAACCCAGUAGAAUAAAUCCCAAAGGGAUAAGCCUGAUAAUUAUUAUCAUCUCCUCUAUCUGCUCUUCCUCUACGAGUUUAUACAAAAUAAGUUGUUCCUCUCAAGGAUGUUGGUUUCAAAAAAAGGAUCCGGAUUUUGUUUUGGAAACAGCAGACAUUUUCAAUUAUUUCAGGAAUUCAUCAGGAAAGAAUCAAAGAACGAAACCAAAUCAAAUUGUAACAACAAAUAAAUUGCAACCAUUUAACAAUGAGAUGAUAUGAUAUGUUAAUAGCUGCGGUAUGCUUCAAUCAUUUUGGGAUUCACAGAUCGCCACUUUUGAUAAGAAAUUCGAUACUUGAGAUGUGUUUACGAUUAAGGGGAUGAGAGUUUUUUUUUUGAAAAUGAUUCCCUUGGCAAAGGGGGUUGGCUGUUUAAUGUUUAUAGUCAACAAAUUAUUUUUCAAUUGAUAUGGCGGAAGGCCAAGAAUUGUUAUUUUAUUGUAAACAGAUAGAAGGGAAUAGGAGGAUCAUGUGUGUUUGUUUGUGUGUGACGAGGAUGAUGUUAUAGAAAGAGAACAGCCUACCUGUGCCUUGUAUCCUUAAACAAUAUGGAUUUGUGCGGCUUGCUUGUAACGCCCUAAUAUGCGCUCGAAUGAAUUAGAUUAGUUUGUGGCUUUAGUUUUGCAUUAUCCUUACUGAAAAGGACGAAUGAGAUUCUUUUUUUUUCUGGUUGGCUACUGAGUUAAAUUUCAGAAGGACAACGCAAAUGAAGAUCCUAUAAAUAGUGAGUGGAUUUUUGAAAUUAGGUCAGUUCUGUAAGGAACGUGAAUGGAUCAGUAUCAGCAACAGAAUUACUUUAAAUUUGGAAUAACCAACAUGACGGACUUUAGCAUUGACUAUAUUUUAAAUCGAGCUGGAGAAAAAUAUAUGGGAACUAAUUUUAGUAUAAGUCUAUCAGACAGGAUUAAGCUUAAGACCGAAUCUCCAGAACAUUGUGGACAUUUUAAAACGGGUGUGUUACAAAAUCAAGCUCAAGAAAUUCAACAACAGAAUUUGAUGUUUGAUUGGUUGCAGUAUACGAGGUAUCAUCCUCCAAAACUUCCACGUUCUUUCCGAAGUGGACCAGUUAAAAGAACCCCUGGAAGAUUGCCAAGAGUUCCAUUUACACCCGCUCAACUUCAGGCUUUGGAAAACGCAUAUAGCAUUUCGACUUAUCUCAGUUCUGAAGAUGCUAACAAUUUGGCAGCAAAGUUGGAUCUAACUAAUACAAGAGUGAAAAUUUGGUUUCAAAAUCGACGAGCUCGAGAACGAAGAGAAAAACGGGAACAAAAUUUGAGUAGUGGAACGGAGGCGGGUUGUGAUUCGACAAUGUCAUCGACUUCUUCAAGUCCGGAACCAGAAAUCAGUAAUUAUAGUUUUAAGGAAAAAUUUUGUUAAAAAAUUCACAGAUAUUAAAGAAAUAGUGCUUGUAUAGUUUUAAAUUUU